GGAUAAAUCAUUUAUAACGUCUAAAUAUCUUCGUUUGUCUCAGACUGCACGUUACACACUUGAGUGGUUUCUAUGGAUGAUGUACUAUCUUAUUUAUCCUCCGAAACACCAUCAUAUAAUAUUGCUGGAUUGCCCUUCUUGUCAUAAGUAGCAGUGUUUAUAAGGUAUCCAUAAAACCCGUCCGAUUUCCGGCAUUUUCAGAUAUUUUGUUCCAGUGUGUUUAUGCGGGAAUCCCAUUGUAAUGUGUUUGUACUCUUCAUCUUAGGUAAUGUGUCUAAGCAGCACCGCAGACGAAAAUGUCAAGUUGACCAAGAUAUGGAAAGAAGUAAUAGACCCUUUAACUCGCUCGAUAUACUUUUGGAAUGUAGAAACCGGUGAAACAACAUGGAAGAUACCUGAUGAAACUAUUCCAGGUUCCCAUUUAAAGCAAAAUACCGGUUCAUUAGGUAUAUGUACUAAUGAUUCACAAAGCAAAGUUUCCAAAAGAAGAAAUCGUGUUGAUCAAUUUUUUGGAGAAAUCAACUUUAUCUGUAGGACUUGUGACUCAUACCCUGAAAAUGAAACGCCCUCAAUUCAUGAGAUUGAAGAACUGAUCCAAAAUUCACUUGGUAGCGUAGAAACUAUCCUCAAUCUAUCUACCCCUAACACUAAAACCCGUAAUAAAUUUGACUCCGUAAAACACACCCUCAUCGAGUACCAUAAUAUUUUGAAAAAAUACGGGUGUCUGGAUGUACGUUUUGUUGAAGAAAUUGUAAAAAAUAAGGAAGAAAUCGAAAGAACGGUGGAAAAUAUCAAGGGCUUAUAUACGGGAAGUUGUGACAUUGUUAACGAUUACCAAGUCUACGUUAAAAAGGAGAAACAAAAUAUCCACAAGAAGAAAUGGCUUGAUUUUGCCAAGACUAAACUAAAAGGAAACGGCAGCUUGCAAUUUUUGGGCAAUUUACGCACAGAUACAAACCCAAAUGUAGUUAAAAAAACAAAAGAAAACAAGAAUCAACUAAAAAAGAACUAUAGAAUAAAGGCUAUACACGAAAGGUGGAAUAAAGCUACUGGAGCCAUAGAUGAAAUGAUUCCUCCAAGAACAUCCACACCAAUUCACAAUCCACGAGACGAAGAAAGAAACCCAAACCUAGUACCGAUAACAACUCCCUGGUGGGAGCAUAUUAGCGAAAAUAACCCUUAA